AUGGAUAAAAUAAAAAUAAUUUUUAGUGACGAUUUAAAAUCCAGCACCAUUUAUGAUCACCUUGAUACAUUUUUAAAAAAUGAACAAGUAAACGAUAAAAAUGAUACAAAAUAUAGUGACAUGCUGUAUUUUGAAGAAGUAUAUAUAGCACAUGAGCCUUUGACAGAUAUGGAAGGGAUAUGCUACAUACAUACAAAUUAUGUGUAUAAAUCUCACUUUUCUUUGACGAAAAAAAAAACAAAUAAAGGAGAUAGUGAUGAUAUAAAAAGAAGUGAUAGUAUAAAAAAAAGUGAUAGCAUAAAAAAAAGUGAUAGUAUAAAAAAAAGUGAUAGCAUAAAAAAAAGUGAUAGUAUAAAAAAAAGUGAUAGCAUAAAAAAAAGUGAUAGCAUAAAAAAAAGUGAUAGCAUAAAAAAAUAUGAAGUGGCUCAAGGAACAAGCAACUUGUGGGAUUUUUCUUCGUCAUAUUCAUCAGAUUCAUCAAUUAGUAAUCGUUCUACCUCCCCUUUUGAUAAUGAUUUUACUAUAUCUUACGAAAGAGAAAGGAGAAAAGAAGAAAAUGUAGAUGAUACAUAUUAUCUAUCUUUAAUAUUAAUGAUUAUUGAUGAGAAUUAUUUAAAAGUUCAACAUGAAGAAUGUAGACAUAUGUUUUAUAAAAUCGAAAAAUUACAAAAAGAAUAUAGAAAUGUUCGUAUUAUAUGUAUAUUAAUAGGUAUACGAGAAAUAUUAAAUAGAGUUGAUUAUACAGAAAAUUAUUUAUUUCAUGAUAAAUCUUUUUUUUCUUCAUCUAUGAUUUCACCUUUAAAAAGAAAUAAAAAUGAAAAAUAUAAUGAGAAAAAUAUGAUGAUAAUUAAUAAUAAAGAUUUAGAUAAUAUAAUAGCUACUUUAAUGGUACAUUAUCAUAUUGAUACAGCUGAAUUAGAUAAUAUAAAUCAACUAACUAAAUAUAUAUUUAAAUGUUGUAAAUAUUUACAUCAAUCUAAAUAUAGAAAACUUUAUUCUUAUUUUAAAGUGAAACCACAAACAAUUAAUCAUUUAAAAAAUAUAGAUACUAAUGAUAAAAAAAAUAAUUUUAAUUCUACUUGGACAUCUCAAUUAAUGCAAAUCAAUGGUAUAUCUGAAGAUGUUUCUAAAAAAAUUACACAAGUUUUUAAUUCACCAUUCCAUUUAAUGACAUAUUUAAAAAAAAAUAAUGAUGAAGAUUGUUUAAAGGAUUUAAUUAUAAAUUCUUCAUAUGGGGACAGAAAAUUAGGUAAAGCUCUCUCUCGAAAAAUUUUUAGAGUUUUCUCUCCAAACGCAAAUCCACAUCACUUCGUUUCAUAA